UUGGCUUGGGCCCUGGUUGUCGCGCUGCGUUGAUCCCGUUGGGUGCUGCGUGUCUGGCAAAGUUAAAAGCUUUGACUUGUCAUUAUUGCUUUGACGAGGUCAUCAAGCUUCGCUUUGAGAUGGACCGCAUAUCAGCCGAGGACAUUGUAGCCGAUAUGAUGCGUGAUUUGUCGUUGCUAUACCAGCUAACGUCGAACCGUGAAGACUGGAGCGAUGUUGUCGUCAUGAGGGGCGCACGGGAAGUUCUGAGGGGAGUCAGAUACCCGGAGCAUGCCACCCGGCGGUCUCUGUACGCAUCGUGGCUGAAGGCCCUUGCCUCCACCAGAUGGCAGGAGUCGUUCGACCACCUCAUGCUGGAGUGCGUGGCCGCCACACCAUCGCCGACUGACCCCUCGAAGCCGCUGUUAGCCAGCAUCUACGGAGACCGGGACGUGAUGGACCUGUGGUUUCCGGGUUUACAACUGCCCGUGCUGAACCUCGCCAAGAUUCCCACGCUUUUUGCACGCAAGCCUGAGGACGUCGAGCCGCUCCCUUCGUCUCCCGGUUUCGUCGACUUCCUCGCCGAACUGAUAAGGAAGAGUCGCAGCUCUCUGGCGGCCCUGAACGAGGCCGGCCUGAUCAUCAGCUUCUACAGCCUGGCGCUGGCCGUUGUCGCUGCCAAGCCCGUGAGAGAAGUGCAGGACUUCUUCCGCACUCGGAUGAAGAGGGCGAUGGCCGCGGCUGUGCCCACGUCGUUCGACGGAGACGUGUUCUGUCCCAGCGCCAGGUUCCUGACCGAACUCGCCUUCAAGACGUACUCUGAAGAUGGCGAGGUGAAGCCUUACAUCGUGCUCCUGGUGCUGGCGCAGUAUGCACACCACAUCAACGCAGCCGAAGCAUCGCCCAGCGCCAACGUGAGGUUCCUGGAGGAAGGUUUCCUGACGCCAGCCAAGUUCGGUCACCUGUACAUAAUACAGCUCCUAUACAUCGUGCAAGAGAAGACUGCUCUGAGCGUCAAGGUUCUCAACCGCAUCCUGCGGGAUAGCCACUCUCAGGAGGUAGAGCGUUCUAGUGAGCGCGUUCGCCAGUUCCUGGCGAACGCUGACGAGCCGAUGCAGCGAACGAAGCCGUGGUGUCGCACAGCCAACUAUUGUUUCUUCCUGCACCUCGACUUGUGCGAUCACGUGGACUACGCCAUGAGGCUGACGGCGUUCCUGGCUCCCGACCCCAACGACCUGUUGUGGCAGAGAGCGGAGUUUGCCGAUGUGUCAGCGGCGCGCAUGAAGGAUGCUCGGCUCUGGGCGCGCAACUUCAAACGAGCCUUACGAAAAGGAAAGUACGGUACAGCCGCCUGGCUAGACCACUAACGAGCUGGCACGGCUUGAGAAACGCACCGCGAACGCUGUGCGGUCUUUCAGGCAAUCUAUGUAUGCACGUCAGAAGACUCCCAAGUUGAGCAGCAAGGACAUGCUGCAACAUUCACUUUUACCCCGAGCUCAAUACAGCCGCUACUGCGAGUCUGGCGAUCAAACCCAUUGCCAAAUGCAGCAUCAAAACAUGCUGGAAUGUUCAGCGAUGCUUCACCUUGUCUCAUGUGCCUUCAUGUAACCCAUUUGUAUUCUAUGUUGCGUCGAAAUUCCACAACGAGCCCACAUCUGGAGCACACUGUGGGGCCUUUCACCUUAACUGUUCGUUAGGAUCGUUCAGCCGUUGAAAAACAUUUUCUUGCUAUGACAUACCAGUGCUAAAUUCAUCAUCCAAGAAUACGCCGUAAUAUAUUGUUUCGAAGUCUUUUCUUGCCUCUAGUUUUCAUGAAGCCCUUUUCGGGACUUUCUACAGCGUUAUCACUCCUGUGCCAACUCCAGCAAAGAGGUAAUGCUAGAAUGUUGGAUCUUUAUACCUUUCAUUUCAUUGAAAAAUACAGUUACGGCGUUUUGUCAAGUUUUUUGCAGUGAUUAAACGAAUUCUUUCUUUC